CUGCUUGUCCUCCUCUUUUCGCAUAUUGAUCCAGCUAGCUGAUCGUUAGCUUUUUUGUCAGGAUGAUGUCUGUGGUGUUUAAAUGUUUGUCAGUUGUUUCUGGCUAAAGGUAUCUGGCAUUUGGGGGCUUUAAUGUACCGUGCAGCUAAUCUAACAACCAUCGGCAAAGCGGGAACCGGCUGGCACUUUAGCCGGACGAUGGACGAGCUGGUCCAUGACCUGGUGUCAGCCCUGGAGGAGAGCUCUGAGCAGGCUGCCCGUGGGGGUUUUGGGGAUGGAGGAGACCAUGCUCUGGCUGUGGGCUGUCUGCUGAAGAGGCAGGCUCGGAAGCGUAGAGGCAGGAAACGACGCUCGGACAACCCGCACCCGCCGUGGGAGGCAGGCCACCUCAGUGAGGGCUCAGAGUCCAGCGUGGAAGAACACAAGGACUACCGAGCCAGUACAGGGGGGGUCUCGGCUGCCAACAGCCAUGCCCGUGACAACAGCGACUCGGAUGAACAACUUGGCCCCAAAAGGCGCACCCUGGUCGCAGCAGAAACAGGACGAAGCAAGCGACCGAUUUGGCCGGACGACCUGGGUGUCCUGGGGUCCGCAGAGGGAACUCGCAGCCUCAGGCGGAGACGAAAGGUCAAACGUAUGGCGGUAGACCCCCCUGCAGAACCAGAACCCCCUUCCUGCACCAUGCUAGGGCCCCCGCCUGUCCCCAAAGCCCGUGUCGGUGCCAGGCCGCAUAGAAUGGGUGCUAAUGAGGGCAGGGGGCCCAUGGAGCUGUAUGGAGGUGGAAUGAUGGGGCCUGGGGGAGGGAAGAACAGGGUGAAGAAGAGGAAAAUGGCCCCCCACAGACUGGGGAUGGAGGCUGCAGAUGAAGGGGUGGUGGUGGAGAGUGAGGACCCCAUCUCUUCUCCAACAGAAGGGUCCAAGGACAAGAUGGAGUUGGAGGAGCAGAAGGGCUCAGAUGAGGACAUGAGUGACAGGUGUGAGACCAGUAGUGUCAGUAACAGCAGUGACGGAGGCCUCUACACCAACGAUGAGGGCAGGCAAGCUGAUGACGAGCAGAGCGACUGGUUCUUUGAGGGUGAGCCGGGCUCCGGUUCAGCACCCGGGGGGGCGUGCGGGAUAGCGGGGGUGGUCCCCUGGUGGGAGAGGGAGACGGCUUCAGAGGAGCUGGACUUAACUGACCCCGUCUUCAACAGCAUCCUCUCCGGGUCCUUCCCCCUCAUGGGGCCUGGAGGACAGAAAGGGUUCCAUGCCAGGCUGAGCCGUCUCCAUAGUAACCAGCAUAGACCCCAGGCAGGCAGCUCCGGACAGAGCUUCAACGACCGGCUGGGCAGACAGAGCCAGGACCCCCACGAGCCUUGGUUCAGCUCGGGCUCCAGGAGAGAGCACGGACAGUUGCAUUGGGACUCUCGGUCAGACAGAGGGCAUCGGAGAAGCUGUUCGGUGAAAACAGCCAGCAGACAGACCAGCGGGCACCUGGGCUCUCUGUGUACAGGGGAUGUCAAGCGGAGGCGAAAAGCAGCCCCCCUCGGUUCCACCGCCCCCCCAGUAGUGGUGGGGGAGAAUGCACCCCCCCUCCCUGACACUAACAUGGGGAGCCGCAUGAUGCAGAGCAUGGGCUGGAGCCCGGGGAUGGGCCUGGGUCCGGAGGGCAGGGGCAUGACCGAACCCAUCCGGGCCACGCAGAGACCCAAAGGAACGGGCCUAGGCUUCAACUGAGAACCCGAGGAUUCUGGAUCCUGAACCUGAAGGAUGCUGGGAGAAGACACUGAGAGAAACAGAGAGCGAGGGAGAGGAAAUGCUGCUCAGGGCGACGAACGAUAAAAAAACAGUCCAGAAUAACCCAGACAUGUGAGUCAUAAGUAGGAAAGGAAUCAGUCUGGUCCUAGCAACAGUCGAGACAAACUUUCCCAUAUUGGGGAAACCGCGAGACGCCUGGCACAUCCACACAGAUAGAGAGAAGACACGUGGAGGUGAUUGAAACGGAGCAGGAGAAAAGACUUCAUGCAACGGGACCUUUCACAAAACUCCAUGUUGGAGAUAUCAAAUGACAUUGAUGCCUCAUUAGCGUGUGAUACUGAACCAAUGAUGACAGUGUGGUUUGUUUUCAUUCAGUGGUACAGUGUUUCCCCUAGGUUUACUGCUUUGGGGGGGGUGUAAAUAUAUAUAAAUAUUUUGAAUUUCAGGGGGGGCGCAGGGCUCCGUUCGCGGGGCUCCGUUCGCGGGGCUCCGUUGGCGGGGCGCAGCACCCCUCCAAGACAAUGGUAGGGGAAACACUGGUGGUAUCAAUUCAAUAACGAUAAAUGGUUUCGUCUGACAUGAUUUUGGACUCGGAGAAAUACCUCAAGAUUCAUUUUAGGUUCAUUUUUUAAGGUAAUGAAGUAAGGGUACACUACUUUUCCCCAUCAAUUUCAUGGAAGAAGUCGUGCCAUGAGAAUGUUUUCAUCCAUCCAAAAACAAACAAACAAUGAAACCAAACCAAUCAUUUAUGUUCCUUUCAUUGAGCAUAUCCAUGUAUGCAUGUGCUGCAGGUUUGUUUAACUAAGAAAAUACGCUAGGUUAAGUUGUGCCAAUGCUCGCUUGACUGUACUGCAGACUGCAGGAUUUAGCCUCCCAUAGCCAUACUCAAUGACUUUACACACACUGUAUGACAAAUAUAUGAUUCUCUGGUUACAGCAAUUCCAGCGUCUCCAUACAGUUUUGGAAAUUCCCCCGGGAAAAAAAUCUAAGACUUGCUGUCAUUGGCUGUGUUUUUGAAAGUGCAUUCAUACCUUUCACAGGUGUUUCACUUUGCCUGAUUAGAUCUAGGUCUACUUAGAGAUAAGUGAAAACACCUGUGUGACGGUGCAGGACCUUUUUAAAUGACAUUUCUUUUAAAACUUUAUUUUAGACCCUUUGUCAUUGACCUAACUGUGAUAUUGUUUCCUGUGUUCAUUUAGCUUGCCUGCGACCAUAGAUUGUCCAAUACCAAUUUGGAAAUGAUUGUCAGUGCAAGUCUAGAAAAAUAAAUGAAAUUAUGAAUUAAAAAAUGAGAAAGAA